UUUCGGACAGGGAGGGGGCGUGCACUUCAAGAUUGCAAGCUGUUCCUCGUAGAAUGGUUGAAACUUGUUUGAAAGCAGUGGAAGGUGCGAGUAAGUAAGCAGGACGAUGGUCGACAAUUCAAGAUACCUGAGUUUGUUUGACAUCCAGCAGCGUCGAUUGGAUGACGAGGACGUCCCAACUGACACUUCACACCAGCAGGAACGGGUCGAGGGUAGUGUGGAGGAAUGCCUCGCGAAGUUCUUCGACCGCGCGUCGGUGGACCCGGACCUUCCCAAACUCGCCAGGAGCCAGCACAUUGAGUUUCUGUGUCGGUCGCUAUCUUAUCUCAGCGGGGACUAUGAGUGUCUGGACGCCAGCCGACCGUGGCUCUGCUACUGGAUCCUGCACGCCCUGGACGUGCUGGGUCACCGGCUGUCGGCGGAGCGGGCGGCGGAGGUGGCCGGCCUGCUGGGACGGUGUCAGGACCCGGCCGGCGGCUUCGGCGGCGGGCCCGGCCAGCUGCCGCACCUGGCCGCCACGUACGCCGCCGUCAGCGCCCUGGCCGUGCUCGGAACCGGCACCGCCUACAGGCUGAUCGACAGGGUGGGCCUGCGCCGCUUCCUGCUGCAGUGCCUAAACGAGGACGGCUCGUUCUGCAUGCACCUGGGCGGGGAGGUGGACAUCCGGGGCGCCUACUGCGCCGCUGCCGUCGCCCGACUCACGCACGUCUACGACGACGCGCUGUUCGAGAAGACGGCGGAGUGGGUGGCGAGUUGCCAGACGUACGAGGGCGGCUUCUCGGGCACCCCGGGCCUGGAGGCGCACGGCGGCUACACAUUCUGCGGCCUGGCCACCCUGGCACUGCUGGGCCGGGAGCGCCUCUGCGACCUGGACGCCCUGUUGAGGUGGGUCUCUAGUCGGCAAAUGCAGCAUGAAGGUGGCUUCUCGGGACGAACGCAGAAGCUUGUGGACGCCUGCUACGCGUACUGGCAAGGCGCUGUAUUUCCCAUCAUUCAUACCAUCCUGGCUAAGGAAGGCUCGGACAGUCUGAGCGACGAGCGCUGGAUGUUUCAUCAGGAGGCACUGCAGCACUACCUGCUGCUGUGCUGCGAAAAGCCGCAUGGCGGCUUUGUCGACAAACCCGGCAAGCACCGUGACUUCUACCACACGUGUUACGCGCUGAGCGGCCUCUCGAUCGCCCAGAACUUCCACAUGGGCCGGCGGCACGUACCCCGGCCGGUCGGCCGCGCGGACAACCAGCUGAAGCUGGUCCACCCCAUCUACAACCUGCUGCUCACCAAGGCAGCGGCUGCGUCAGAGCACUUCGGCGUGCUGCCGGUACCCGUGCCGGAGGAGCCGGCCGAGCCGCCACAGCCCAGCCCAGCCGCCCAGCGGCCGUGCCCGCAGCAGGAGACGGCCAGCCCUGUGCCAGAGCGGGAGUCGAGCGUCCCACUGUGUCAGGGUCCGGCCGGUCAGCCGGCGGCGGGCCAGCACGCGGCCCCCGGCUCCUCGACGUGGCCCGCUGAGGGUGAUCCGGCGGCAGUGCGCGGCGCCGGCCCGGCCCGCUCUCAGCCGUCCGCCAACACAACGGGCCCGCCGACGCCGCCCUGAGUUGGCGGCCGCUGCGUGACGCAGCGGUCAUGCGUGGACAGGAGUGGCGCUGGCGCCGGGCUGUACGGCAUGGGCGCCGGUCGGGUGUUGUGGACGCCGUCCGCGGCGUGCGGUAAAAUGUGCGACCGCGCCGCACUAGACUGGGGACCGAGGCCAGCGACACAACCGAGUGCGACUGGUCUGAACACGAACCGAGG